AAAUGCGUCAUUCACGGCUUCUACAUCGACUGCUAGGCAAAGGCCGCUGGAAUUAUUGGCGCCACGAUCAAAAGCCCGCUAUUCUCCAGCUUCCGCUAGACAUUCUCCUUCUUAUUACCGAUAACCUGACCUUGCACGAUAAAUUCCUCCUUUCACAUACCUGCAAAGCACUUCGGCAAGUCCUACUUCGAGAUUGGGAGAUUGAGCUCCCACAGCUGUCCUUUGAACAUCAGAUUGUGUUUUGGGUAGGGCUGGCUUACACUUUACCAAAUCGCUGGGUCUGCCUGAAAUGCUGUAAACUACAUCCUAUUGACACCUCGGAUGUGCCAGCGGCCUUCACGCUUGUCAAGCAUAGGACUGUCCCUUGCAGCCUUGAAAGAUCCCAGCCGCCGGAGGAGCCUGGCAGCCGACAACUUGCAACGCAACCAGCUACAUGGAUAGAGACCCUAUAACGCCAACUACAGAAGGGCAAGCCUCUCAAGUUACAUGUAUGGAACUGCUGCGUCAAGGCACACAGCAGCCAACUUACCAACCCCCAGAGGGACAUAGGGACCCGCGGCCCUGAACGAACCGCUACAACACGGCGCACAACGACAAGUAAGCCAACCCAAUUGCGAACACAGCACGGGCUCAAAGCCCCUGAGCCUGUCGCCGCGAGCAGAGCUUACGGCAAGCCAAAACGUACAACCAGUCUAGCGGCCCCAGGCCCUAUAGCAUCAACCAUUGCGGCGUCAGCUACAGGCGGGCUUCCCC